AUGACCGUAGACAGCGAGCUGGACUUUAAUCGGUUGCGGCGUCUAUUCAGACAACAGCUGGACACAGGAACCAUCUUGGAGACCAAGGACGUCGAUCACAAGGCCCUGAUGCAGCUGAUGGCCCGCUACAAGUCAGAUCGGAAGGACUGGGCCAAGUAUGCUUUUGAGGACAAAAGCAUUGCAUAUACCCGCAACGGCGUGGAAAAUUUCGGUCCGAACGGCAACCUGCUGCUGCUUGUGUGGAAUCCCGGCCGCGGGUCGGCAAUACAUGACCACGCAGGCGCACACUGUGUGAUGAAGAUUCUGAGUGGCGAACUCACGGAGGAGCUUUUUGACGGCGAGUCUUUGGAGCCCAUAAAAACAAGCACGCACCGCGCGGACGACGUGACCCACAUAGAAGACACUAUCGGGCUCCAUAGAAUCACCAACAGAACGGAGGAGGUGGCGAUCAGUUUGCAUCUGUACACUCCUCCGUAUGCCGAGGUGUACGGGUGUAAUGUUUUCGAGAACGGCAGGAGACAGCAUGUGGAGAUGGACCUGUACAGCAGCGACGGCGUGGUGCUGGGGGGUCGGGGUGUUGCCAAGAAGGGGUGA